AUGGGUGGGGGGCUGUGGGGCUUCAGAGUGGCUGUGGUGCUGCUGAGUUUGGGGCAGGCUCCGAUUUGCACCUUUCAGGUUCAAAAUAAUAUCGCCUUGAUGCCAGAUUUCAAUAUUUCUCAGGCUAAGGGGCCCUGGAAUUCCAUUAUCUUGGCGACGAGUGGAAAACUAUCAGACCAGGACAGGGAAGAGGUCAAAAUGUCUUUGAUAAUAUUCUCCCCUUUUGCCAAUGGGAGUGUGAACCUGCAGACUACCAUUACUUCGUCAGAAGACACCUGUAUGGAAAUAAAUACCACAUAUACCAGGGGAAAUGAAUCUGAGAAAUACAUCAGCAAUGAUGGAAACCCUUGUUAUUUCCAAGUGAUAGAUACUGACUAUGAAAACUAUGGCAUUAUUUACACAGGAAACAGUGAAAACAAGGAUGACUUCCAAGUCAAACUCUAUGGCAGGACUAAAAUAGUGACUAAUGAAGUCUUAAAGAAAUUUCAAGAAGUCACAAAUGCUCUUGGAAUUCCAGGGGAGAAUGUGAUUAUGUUACCCAGAUCAGUGGCAACAGAGGGAGCAUGUUCUCUUGUGUCUGGAAAAGGGGUAACUGCCAGGUGGUUUUCAAUAUUCCUCUUUCCCAUCCAUGGAAGGAUGGUGUUCUCCUUGCUUCAGGACCUGCAGCUUUCCUUGCUGGAUAUAAUGAUUGGGAUGCCCCAACCUAUGCCUUUGCUUAGGGAUUUCUGA